AUGGCGGAGCCCACGGUGUGCUCCUUCCUCACCAAGGUGCUGUGCGCCAACGGCGGCCGCAUGUUCCUGCGGGACCUGCGCGGCCACGUGGAGCUCUCGGAGGCCCGGCUCCGGGACGUGCUGCGCCAGGCCGGGCCCGACCGCUUCCUGCUGCAGGAGGUGGAGAUGAGGGAGGGCCUCUGGGACGCCGAGGCCGAGGCGGCGGCCGGCGCGGGCGGCGCGGGCGGCGGCCCCUGCGCCUGGCGGGUGGUGGCCGUGUCCUCCGCGCGCCUGUGCGCCCGCUACCAGCGCGGCGAGUGCCAGGCCUGCGACCAGCUGCACCUCUGCCGCCGCCACAUGCUGGGCAAGUGCCCGAACCGCGACUGCUGGUCUACCUGUACCCUUUCCCAUGAUAUCCACACACCCGUCAACAUCCAAGUUCUGAAAAACCAUGGGCUUUUUGGCCUCAACGAGGCCCAGCUUCGGAUCCUGCUUUUACAGAAUGACCCGUGCCUUUUACCAGAGGUGUGUUUGCUGUACAACAAAGGGGAAGCGCUGCAUGGCUACUGCAACAUGAAGGAGAAGUGCAACAAGUUUCACGUGUGCAAGUCCUUUGUCAGAGGGGAGUGCAGACUUCAGAAAUGCAAACGGUCCCAUCAGCUCAUUCAUGCCGCAGCCCUGAAGCUGCUGCAGGACCAAGGACUGAGUGUCCCAAGUGUCGUUAAUUUUCAGAUAAUCUCUACCUACAAGCAUAUGAAGCUGCACAAGGUGCUUGAAAGUCAAGGGAAUUCAGCUUCUGCUGAGUGUUCCCGGGGCCUUGAGGAACCAGGAGUACACGUAGCCGGCGCUCCAGAGGCCAGCCCUCUGGUGCCCGGCCCCGCUCAGUCAGCCAAGAAACCACAUGCAGGUAAACCUUAAAGGGCGUCAGUGAAAGAAGAAGCGUGUCCAACUAGAAGGUCUGAAAACAGAGCUUCUGUUGAGCUUAAUUUGUAAGCUCAUUCAUUUCAUCAUUUUCCAGUCACGGUCGUAGUAGUACCUACCUCACAAGUUGUAAAAUCAAAGAGGACGGUGGUCGGGGAUGUGGUUGGACGCUGAGCAGGCAGAGAGGAUAGGACGUGAGUAUGGUUGGGGUCGGUCCAGCGUGCACCGUGAAGAUGGCCCAUCCUGCCCGAAGUCCCCAAGGGCUUUCCCCAGGCCGGCGGGAGCUCCAAAAGGAGUGGGUUCUGCUGACUUGCUCUGUGACCCACCCAGGGUUUUUCCUAUGCGCCCAUAUACACAGUUUACAUAGUGGUAGUUCUAGAAUACGUACGCUUUGUACUCUUGUUUUUUCUUAAAGUUUCAUAAGCACCUUUCCCUAUUCGCAUUUUAUCACGUAUAAUCAUUUGAAUGCACGGAUACACUAACAGACGAUUGCUUACUUCACCGUUUCCCUUAUUCUGGGAUAUUUCAAUUCUUUCUCACAAAUUUUGAAUAGGACUCUUAAAAUCCUUACCAUACUGUAUUUUUAAAUUUCUUCUUUUGCUUAGGCUUGUAGGUGCUAAAGGAUACUGUCUUUUUGGUUUGCGUUUCUUUAAGUAUAUGCAAGUGAGUAUUUUCCUGUGUGUGUUUUCUGUAUGUCUUAUACGGUGCGUUUCGUGUUUGCCCUUCAGUUCCUGGGGCCCUCCUCUGGGCUGAUAUGGCAUGGCUUUCGAUGAGGUUCCUCGAUUUUCACGAGAGGAUAUCACUUGUACCGUGCUCAUAUGAUACCCACCUCUGUGGAUCCGUCCUCAGCCAGUACCAUAGCUUUAGAACUUUUGAGUGCUCACCAAAGAUCUCUACCUCACUCUGUCCACUCUUCGUUUUUUAUUACAUUUCUUUGCCAAAGCUGCAUUGCUGCCGUUUAAACAGUAUGUUGUUCCUCUGUUCCUCGAAGUCGUAUCCGUUCUUUCUGUGGAUCAGGAGAGACCAUCAGAAACCUAU